AUGCAGCCUCGAACCCCGCUGCUGGCAAUGCUGUUGAUGGUGGUGCUGGCAGGGCCUGGGGGCGCGUCUGGCCGCUUGCUGAGCGCCUCGGACUUGGACCUCAGAGGAGGGCAGCCAGUCUGCCGGGGAGGGACUCGGAGGCCUUGUUAUAAAGUGAUUUACUUCCAUGAUGCUUCUCGAAGACUGAACUUUGAGGAAGCCAGAGCAACCUGCAGAAGGGAUGAGGGCCAGCUAGUCAGCAUCGAGUCUGAAGAUGAACAGAGAUUGAUACAAAAGUUCAUUGAGGACCUCUUGGCUUCGGAUGGCGAUUUCUGGAUCGGGCUCAGGAGGCGUGAGGAAAAGCAAAGUAAUAACACACCCUGCCAGGACCUUUAUACUUGGACUGAUGGCAGCACAUCAAAAUUUAGGAACUGGUAUGUGGAUGAGCCAUCCUGUGGGAGUGAAGUCUGUGUGGUCAUGUACCAUCAACCAUCAGCACCUGAUGGCAUCGGGGGCCCUUACAUGUUCCAGUGGAAUGAUGACCGAUGCAGCAUGAAGAAUAAUUUUAUUUGCAAAUAUUCUGAUGAGAAACCAACGGUUCCUUCUACAAGACCUGAAGGUAAGCCUGCAUCUCUUCAGAUACCCAUUUUGCCUGCAACUAAGCAGCCCAUAAUUCGAGAAGAUGCCAAAAAAACAUUUAAAGAAAACAAAGAUUUGUAAGCUGCCUUGAAUCUUGCCUACAUCCUAAUCCCCAGCGUGUCCCUUUUCCUCCUUCUUGUGAUUACUACAAUUGUAUGUUGGGUUUGGAUCUGUAGAAGCAGAACACGGGAGCAGUCAGGCCCUACCACAAAGGAGCAACACACUAUCUGGCCAUCUUCUCACCAAGAAAACAGCCCAGACCUGGAGGUUUACAACGUCAUCAGAAAACAAAGUGAAGCUGAUUUAGCUGAGCCCCGGCCCGACCUGAAGAACAUUUCAUUCCGUGUGUGCUCAGGAGAAGCCACUCCCGAUGAUGAAAUGUCUUGUGACUAUGACAACAUGGCUGUAAACCCAUCUGAAAGUGGGUUUGUGACUCUGGCGAGCACAGAGAGUGGAUUUGUGACCAAUGACAUUUACGAGUUCUCUCUGGAUAGAAUGGCAAGGAGCCGAGAAUCUGGAUGGGUGGAAAAUGAAAUUUAUGGUUGUUAG